AUUCUGCUGUUCUGUUCCGCCCGGUCCCACAUUUAUUCAGCCCCACAACACUACCAAGAGAGACUCCCUCUCUCGACUGUGGGGUGAGGACUUGCUUCGGAGGGGAGAGCCGGAGUUGGGAUAUGAGCCAAGUCUGACCGCCUUUAAAGAAACCUUCCGGUUCUGUGUGGUUUAACCGAGCCGUUGGAGGACGGAUCUGGAGAGGAAGGAUUGUGGAGAAAAUUGACAAGACGAGAGGAGGUGGAGAUCGAUGAAGGAUAUCUAUACAAGUUGGAUGGAUGAAGCUUCUUCAAACUUUUUAAAAUAGUUGUCCAGCAGGAAAAAAAAGCAGCAUGCUCUCCGGAAGGACACAGCUCUUGUUAGCUUGACAUCCUGUUGUAGCCCUGAGGCCAGAGAUGUGACUGACCAUAAAGAACUGUCUACUUAAAGACUGCUUGCUUCCAACAAACUCAGGGAAUUUUGGCAGACAUUGAUUGGCAGCUGGCUCAACCAAUGUCCAACGUUGUGGACCUUUAAAGCCCAUCUGCAGGGUCCUCCAGUUAAACCUACAUGGGCAUCAAAAGUAUGUGCAUCUGAAGCGAGAUGAGUGACCUGUGAGAAGAGGUUGCCCCCUCUGUCAGAGAGCAGCAAAGAAGACAUGGAUACCGUGUCCUCCCCUAUCAGCCCUCUCUUUUUCCCCCUCCUCCUUGUCAUCCUGUCCUCCCUCAAUUCCUCCAUGUCUUCCAUGCUAUGUCCGAAACGUUGCACCUGCCAGAACCUGAUGCCGUCCUACACGGUGCUGUGUGCCAAGACAGGCCUCCUUUUUGUACCACCCAACAUUGACCGACAGACUGCCGAGCUCAGGCUGAUGGACAACUUCAUCACAACGCUGAGGCACCGCGACUUCGCCAACAUGUCCAGCCUGAUCCACCUGACCCUGAGCAGAAACACCAUCAGUCAGAUCAGGUCUUAUGCCUUUGCUGACCUCCAGGACCUCCAUGCUCUCCACCUGGAUGCCAACCGCCUCACAACCCUGGAUGACUCUCACUUUCAGGGCCUUGUGAACCUGCGGCACCUCAUCCUGGCCAACAACCAGCUGCACAGCAUAUCUGAGGGAGCUUUUCAGGACUUCUUGGAGACUCUGGAGGAUUUGGAUUUAAGCUACAACAACCUAGUGGAUAUCCCCUGGGACACCAUCGCCUUGCUGGUCAGCGUCAACACCCUCAGCCUCGACCAUAACCUCAUAGAGAGCGUCCCAGAGGGAAUCUUCUCCAACCUGCAUAAACUAGCCAGACUGGACAUGACAUCCAACAAGCUGAAGAAGAUUCCUCCGGACCCGUUGUUCUUGCGGAUCCCAGUGUAUGCUAAGAUGAAGGGUUCUCCUCUCACGGCGCUGGUGUUGAGUUUUGGUGGGAACCCUCUGCACUGUAACUGUGAGCUGGUAUGGCUUCGCAGACUGACCAGAGAAGAUGAUCUAGAGACGUGUGCUUCACCUAAGGACUUGGCUGGCAAAUACUUCUGGACAAUUAGAGAGGAGGAGUUUGUUUGUGAACCACCAAUGAUUACUCGUCACACCUCCAAGAUGUUUGUGAUGGAGGGUCAAGAGGUCAGCCUGCGCUGUAAGUCCAUCGGUGAUCCUGAGCCUUCAACACACUGGGUCAGUCCUGAUGGAAAGCUAAUAGGCAACACGUCCAGAACUAUCUGCUAUGAGAAUGGCUCACUGGACAUCCUCAAAGCCUCAGUGAAGGAUUCUGGAAAGUUCACAUGCAUAGCAUCCAAUGCGGCAGGGGAAGCCACUGCUCCUGUUGAGUUGGUGGUCAACCCCUCGCCACACUUUGACCCUAAAUUGGACCCUGACCCAGGGCCGUCAGACAUCCCCACAUCUAUCAAGUCCAACGUAAGCGGGGGUCAGGCCCGUUCCGACCUGCAGAGGGUCAGUGUGUCGGAUCUAACGUCCAGUUCUGCCACCAUCAGAUGGCCACCGCAGAACCACAUACCUGGAGUCCGCAUGUACCAAAUCCAGUACAACAGCUCUACAGAUGAUAUCCUGAUAUAUAGGUAA